GGCUUCAGAGUUCGACCACUACAAUGUAAGCCAUAAAUGCCACGUAACUUUUUGUUUAAAAGAAUUUCGUGCUUUUUUAAUAUUUGCGGAAUCGUUAAAUGAAAAUUUGAGCUUAAAUCUUGAUGACGCUGGCAGUCCAAUUUUUUUAAAAAUAAAAAAAUAUGACCAAAUAGAAUGCUUAUUAAUAAUGUCCACACUUUCUCCUGACGAUAUAAGUUUCUAUGAAGAUUGUAAUCCAGCUGAACUAACUAAUGCCAAUAUAAGUAUAAAGAGAAAAUUAAACGUGCAUGAUGACGAGCAUAAAAACCAAUCAAAAACAAGAUUUAUAAGCGAUGCAUCAACACUCAGUAACGAUUCACGACUUUUUGAUGAUAAUGGUAAUACACAAAGUGCUUCAAAGUCCGUAAACACACCACAAAAUCUAUUAAAUAAUGUUAGUCAUAUUUGUGAUAGUCAUGUGUCUCUACGUAUGCCACCUGACUCAAUACUGAAAGACACUGAUUCUCCUGUUGCGUUUUAUGAUGCAGGAGAAAUUGAGAACGAGUGUAUACCUUCGUCGCCUGGACGAAAUACAAACCGCAUGCGGUCAAUAUUUGUUAGAUGUUUCGAAUCCACAUAUGUUCCUAAAGAACCUAAGCCGGGUUGCAACGUGUAUAUAUCGGACUCAGACGCUGAUUAAAAAAAUACACAAA